AUGGCCCGCGCCCCGCGCCCGCUGCUGCUGCUGCUGCUGCUGCUGCUGCUGCUCCAGACCCCGAGCCCAGGCGGCGCGCCGUCGGGCCGCGAGCUGCGCUGCCGGUGCCUGCAAACCACGCGGGGGAUCCACUCGAGGCACAUCCAGAGCGUGGACGUGGCGCCCCCGGGCCCCCACUGCGCCCGCGCCGAAGUCCUAGCCACCCUCAAGGACGGGAGGCGGGCCUGCCUCGACCCCCAAGCCCCCUUGGUGAAGAGAAUCCUCCAGAAGCUGCUGAGCCAGGGCAGCGCCCGCUGAGCUGCACCGAAGUGGGAGGGGGCUGCGGCCCUUCCAGGAG